AUGAGAGGGGCUGGAGUUAGUGAUGUAAUUCUAGGUUAUGCUCACUGUGGAAUGGUUGCAGCUGCCCGAUGGAUUGCCAAGCUGGCAACUCCAAUCCGAUGGAUUGCCAAGCUAGCGACUCCAGUUCUUCUAAAAGCAUUGCAAAAUCAUCUUGAUUAUAAGCUACAGAUUUUGGCUCCACUCCCAAUCGGGUUCGUUGUUUUCUUGGUCUAUUUGGCCACCAUCCCCAUUACCGGAACCGACAUCAACCCUGCGAGAAGUCUCGGUGCAGCCAUCAUCUACAACAAGGACCAUGCUUGGGAUGACCAUGGAUUCAAUGCUGGGCUCUUUGAUUAUUUGAUUGCAACCUAUGAUAGUGAAAUAGAAGAGAAGGAACAAACUGAUGGACACAAGCAGGUUGAGAGGAAAAAGUCAGAAACAUGGAUUUUGGAAAUGGUUUUGUUAGUUCUUCAUCCAAUUCACCAGCUUGAUCAAGAGGAAAUUAAUUUUCGGUCACAUAUUGGAAAUACCUCAACUUUUCUUGUUCCCAGAGGAGGAGGGAAUUUAGAAGAUGGAAUAUGGACGUCGAGUGAAUCCAACAUAUAUUAUGGUUGCUCCCAAAAAAGUGAAAAAUUCCUAGAUGCUGAUGUUAAAACAAACCCCGACCGGUUCUUGAUGAUUAUUACAAGUGGUGGAUUGAAUCAACAACGAACUGGGAUAACUGAUGCUGUUGUUGCAGCUUAUAUACUUAACUCGACGUUAGUUGUUCCAAAAUUAGAUAGUAGAUCAUAUUGGAAAGAUCAAAGCAACUUCUCCGAUAUCUUUGAUGUUGAUUGGUUCAUAUCGUACCUAUCAAAAGAUGUUAACAUCGUAAAGAAGCUUUCGAUGAUUGAUGGAAAAUUCUUUACUCCAUAUCGAACUCGCAUACCACGCAAGUGUGAUUUGGAAUGCUAUGAAUCUCGAGUGUUGCCUCUUCUAGAAAAGAAAAAGGUUGUUUUGCUUACAAAAUAUGAUUACAGGCUCUCAAAUAACUUGGAUAUGGAUCUUCAGAAGCUGAGAUGUCGAGCAAAUUAUCAUGCAUUGAGGUAUACGGAUCCUAUUCGUGAGAUGGGCAAAAGAUUAGUCGAGCGAAUGAGGAUGAAAAGUGACCGUUAUAUUGCUCUACACUUGAGAUACGAAGCUGAUAUGCUUGCGUUCUCUGGAUGCUACUUCGGUGGUGGAGACAGAGAAAGACGAGAACUAGAACAAAUACGAACGCAAUGGGAAACAUUACCUAAACGAGACCCUGAUACAGAACGAAGGGUAGGGAGAUGUCCAUUGACACCCGAGGAAGUUGGGCUUUUUCUAAGAGCCUUGGGCUAUGGGGAGGAUGUUCAUAUCUAUGUGGCCUCAGGUGAAGUUUAUGGAGGUGAAGAUGCAUUAUUGCCAUUAAAAGAACUUUUUCCAAAUUUCCAUUCUAAGGACAGUCUUGCAACCAAAGAGGAGUUAGCACCAUUCGCAUCAUAUUCUUCGCAUAUGGCCGCUCUAGAUUUCAUAGUAAGUAACGAGAGCAAUGUUUUUGUUACCAACAACAAUGGUAACAUGGCUAAAAUGUUAACUGGUACAAGGAGAUACUAUGGGUACAGGCCAACGAUCCGACCAAACUCCAAGAAGCUUUAUCGGUUAUUUUUGGAUCGUGGUAACUUAACUUGGGAGGAAUUCGCAUCACAAGUUAGAACUCAUCAGAUCGGAUUCACGGGACGUCCAAACGAAUCUACGCCUGGAGACGGUCAGUUCCAUGAAGAUCCAACAGCUUGCAUUUGUGAGGAUUCAAAUAAUCAAAUUCAAAGUCACAAUCAAAGUGAGCCUAGUAACCACACUGCUCAAGAACGCCAUAGCCAUGGAAGUAAGUUGGAAAUUAUUGCCCAGGAACAACUUACUAACAAAGCACACAAUGUUUCUUCCACACAAUGCAACAGGAACCAAAAUGGGACUCGAGCCGAAUUACCAGUAAGAAAUAGUUUUAACGCUGGUCACGGUGGAGGGGAAGAAUGCCAUCCGGCUAACUCAUAA